AAACACAUGCAGUCACAUGUAACUUCAUUAAGAACGUCAAAGAACAUAACCUAGAGAGAAACACGAUGGCGGUGGGACUAUGGUCGACUGUGGUGAUAGGACUGUUGCCACUGGUAGGGUGGUUAUUCUGGUGGUGGAACGAUGUAUGGUACGGAUUAGUUAUGGCAACUCUCCGGUCAUCCAAAGGCGACACCAAGCUGCCUCCGGGCAACAUGGGACUUCCGAUCUUGGGUGAUACGAUCAGUUUCUUAUGGUACUUCAAAUUCCUUCGUCGCCCCGAUGACUACAUCAAUUCAAAGCGUCACAAGUAUGGCGAUGGGAUAGGAAUGUAUAAGACACACCUAUUCGGUAAACCUUCAGUGAUUACAUUUUUACCUGUGACAAACAAACUUGUACUUCGAGAUACUGAAAGUUUCAAGUAUGGAUGGGCAAUGAUCGAGCUUUCAGGCAAGACAUCACUAGCUGGAGUUCAUGGAAAAGCACAUCUUAGGCUUCGAAGUUUUGUAUCUCGAAGCAUUAAUCAGCCAGAUGCUCUUCGUCAAAUCGCUCUUGCCAUGCAACCACGCAUGAUAUCCGCUCUCCAAUCAUGGACCAAAUGCCGCAAAAUUACUUUCUAUGAUGAAAUGAAGAAGGUUUCAUUUGAGAACAUUGGCAUGUAUUUUGCUAGUAUUAAGCCUGGCGCUACCCUCGACAGACUUAAAAAAUACUUAGCCGGAGUGGUUAGUGGAUUCAGAGCCUACCCAUUGAAUAUUCCAGGAUUUACAUUUUACCAUGCACUUCAGUGUCGUAGAAAAACCCAAGAGUUUUUCAGGGAAGAGUUGGAUAAAAGGAGAAAAAACAACGGUGAAAAUGAUCAACCUAUUCAAGAUCUAAUGGAUGGUUUGAUGAAUAUCAAGGAUGAGGAUGGGAACCAUUUGAGUGACACUGAGGUUCUUGAUAACAUUACUGGCAUUCUUCUUGCUGGCUUUGAAUCAACUGUCGUCGUCACGACGUGGGCUCUUUAUUAUCUUGCGAAAUACCCAAACGUUUUACAAAAGCUACGGGAGGAGAACUUGUCUCUCAAAAGCAAUAAGAGCGAACUCCUUGUAACAAGCGAUGAGAUUUUAAAGUUGGAAUACACCAUGAAGGUUGUGGAUGAAACAAUUCGAUUGGCGAAUAUCGCUGGUUUUGUAGUGCGUGUAGCAACAAAAGAUUUUGAGUAUCAAGGGUAUACUAUACCAAAAGGAUGGAAUGUGAUUGUAUGGCUUAGGAAUGUCCACACAGAUCCUAAAAACUUCGAUCAUCCAUUGUGUUUUGACCCUGAUAGAUGGAAUGGAUCAAUGCUACCAGAAAACUUUCAAGCAUUUGGUGCGGGUCCGAGAAUCUGUGUCGGAAAUAUGCUUGCUCGUUUACAAAUCGCAAUGUUUCUCCAUCAUUUAUCCACGGGAUACAAAUGGCAAUUGGUGAAUCCAGAUGCGAAAGUGAAAUAUCUUCCACACUCUAAACUAGAAGAUGGUCUUGAAAUUACCAUUGAAAAACUAUGAAUCCUAUUGAAGAGUGCUUCUUAUAUAUUUUCUAUCGUCAAGCAAGUUAAUAGUGUAUGUUGGUUGUUAACUCCUUGGUUUGAGUAAUUUGGUCACUAAAAAUGAAAUCUAGCAGUAUAUUUGGCCUUAAAUGUUAAAGGAAAUAUAAAAGUACUUUUGAAUGUUAAAGGAAAUAAUAUUUUAGAUGUUUCUAUCGUCAAGAAAACUUCGCCUCUCAUACCAAAUAGUUAGUCGAACAAACCCCUAGCAUAACUUUUUGUAGUCUUUAUGAUUAGAUAAUUACCUUCCUAUUUCUGCUUUCUUGUAUAGGUUAUCAGUGUAGCCCAACAAUGUUUUGUAUAUUGAUUUAAAUGAAUAA